GCGCUGUGGGCUCCAGAAAAGCCAGCUUGGUGUCGCUUCCGGCGGGGGUCGUGUGGGAGCCGGAAGUGGUCGUCCUCGGCAACCGAGUGGCCGUGGCCAUGGCGUCGGGCGGCUCCCCGACAGACCGGCUCCCUCCGCCCUUCCCCGGCGCGGAGGUGGUUAGCGGCCCCUCGGCCGAGAGCGACUCGGAUGGGGAGGACAUUUUCACCGGCAGUGCUCUGUGGUUCCUCCAACCUUCUUGGCGUCGUGACCCGCAAGUCCAGAUGCACUUGCUGGAAGAAGAAGAGCAGGAAGACCAGUUUGAGCUCACAGUGGGAGUGAGCGAUCCAGAGAAAAUUGGGGACGGUAUGAAUGCCUACGUAGCCUACAAGGUAUCGACACAGACCACUUUGCCAAUGUUCAGGAGCAAGCAGUUCUCGGUGAAGAGGAGAUUCAGCGACUUCUUGGGCUUGUAUGAGAAGCUGUCGGAGAAACACGCACAGAACGGGUUCAUCGUCCCACCGCCUCCUGAGAAGAGCUUGAUAGGAAUGACCAAAGUAAAAGUUGGGAAAGAAGACUCCUCCUCCACAGAAUUCUUAGAAAAAAGACGAGCGGCUUUAGAAAGGUAUCUUCAGAGAACCGUCAAUCACCCGACUAUGCUGCAGGACCCAGACGUCCGCGAAUUCUUGGAAAAAGAUGAG